UUCAUAACCACUACCCAGGCAAGAAAAUGACAUGGAUCCAGAAAGUGACAACUGUUUGCCUUAAAUCUGCCACCAAAUUCCAAAUCUCACCCUUGUUGUAAUCAUCGAUCACCUCUUCCUCUCUUUUGUCAGAGCUCUCGAGAGAGACCUUGAUAUGCUGAAUUGAUCUUAAAUUGUAAGUUGGAGGUCUUUGUUCAAGUCUUGUUACCUGCUCUCUUUCCCCAUAUGGAGAACCAGAAUGGAGAUAAGAAGGUUGAUGUGGCUCUGGAGGGAUUUGCUUCUGUCUCUUCCACUAGGAUUGAUUGGAAACCCAGAAAGAGAUCAGCUGGCGGGAGGAGUAUAGAGAAGGUAACUGAGGACACUGCUAACAAUACUCCCAACAAACAGGAAGAGUACACCGAGCCUGAUGAGGAUAUGCUUCUGGACUCAACUGCAGCUCCUGAGCUGUCGGAGCGCCGAAAGGCUUUGUUUGAACCCUUAGAACCUACAAUUAAUAGCAAUGGAAAACGACCGUCAGCUGAGUCCUUGCUACCUCCUCCUGACUUUGAUUCCACUAACUAUCCUAAGGGGUGGCUGAUUGGGAAAAAGCGAAAGCUGGUUAAUGUUGAUGUGGUUGAGAAAAUGAGGCGGAUUGCCAUUCAGGAAAUGAACAGAAAGGAUAGGGAGAUUGACGGUCUAAACGAGCAAUUGGAGGAAGACGCAAAGUGCUUGGAACACUUGCAACUGCAGCUCCUGCAAGAGCGAAGCAAACGUGGAGAAGUAGAGAGAGAGAACGCGCUGCUGCAAGACCAGAUUACCAUGCUAAUGGACAUGAUGCAUGAAGAUGGCAAUGUAGGAGACGACGAAGGCCCUGCUGAACCUUGAUCGUUUAUUUUAUUGUGCUUGUUUCUUUAUUCUUUAUGUACAUUUUCUCCGAGACAGCAGUAGGGGGAUAAUACAUGCAUAUACAAAUACCGGUGUGGUCUGCUAGUGCUA